GGCCCCGCCUGUCCGGACCCUCCCCUGACAGGGCUCUGCGGUGCCCGGGCCAGCAGAACCGCGUCGGGUCCGGGGGACAGCCGGGUGUCCCCAUGGAUGGUGCCAGGAUCCAGGUCCUGGCUGGGAUGGUGACGCUGCCCCGCGGGCGCAGGCAGCUUGCCGUAGCCAGGUCCAGCUCCUUGGGUGACUCCUCCAGGCCACAGAGACGCCUCGUGGCCAUAUUAAAAGAAGACAAAGAGGCAUUUGGGUUUGAAAUCCAGACUCUGAGAUUUCCACACCAAAAUGAUUACUGCCUGGAGGUCUGCACUUGUGUCUGCAAAGUUCAAGAAGAAAGUCCUGCCCAUCUCUCUGGCCUUCAAAUGGGUGAUAUCCUCACCAGCAUCAAUGGGGUCAACACUGAUGGCUUUUGUCACAAGCAAAUUGUAAACUUGAUAAAGUCUUCAGGCAACUAUUUAAGGUUAGAGACCAUCAACGGGGCAAUGUUCCUGCGGAAAAUGGAGCUGGAGACCAAACUGCAGCUGCUGAAGCACAGGCUGCAGCAGCGGCGGGGGGAGCUGCGCUCACUGCUCCUGCGGGAGCGGCACUUGCUGCACGGGGAGGUGAAGGAUACAGCUAUGCAGGACGCGCUGGAGCUGGAGGAGCCCGGGUUCCUGGAGGGCUGCAGCCCCCCGGGUCCCCUGCGGGUGCAGCCCCGCAUCUCCAGCAGCAGCAGCUCCCGCAGCCGGCUCAGCUCCAUCACCCUGGGCAGCGAGGACAGCUGCUACCAGAGCGGUGCCUUCGAGGACUGGGCCGUGGAGGGCCUGAGCUGCCAGAUCAGCCUGGAGGACGACUGCGUCUUCCCCGGGGAGGGGGACGGUGCCGCCGGGCGCUCCUGCCUGCGGAGGAACCGCAGCAUCAGCAGCGGGUCCGCGUCCUCGCUCUGGGAAGGCGGCAGCUGCAGCAGCAGUUUUGGAACCCUCCCGCGGAAAAGCAGGAGAUCCAGCGUGCGAAAGCAUCUGUUGAAAUUCAUCCCGGGCCUCCAGCAGGCACUGGAAGAGGAGGAAAGUCGGGUGUGACAUUGCAGGUGUCCUUGCUGUCGGGCUCUGCCACCGCCCUCUGGUACCGAAGGCAGCAGCUCUCCGAGAGCACGUGGUGAGUGAAACGUGGUGGCACUGCACUUUUCCUCUCCUCAAACAACCUUACAACAGGACUGAUGGCAUUUAAAAUACUCUGGGUUUUUAAAUUAUUUUAAUUUUUAAUCAGAGCACACUGUGGACCUCCUCAUUAACGUGAAAAAUGACUGACUCUGAAACGUGAAGAACAUUUGCAGAACUUCCCCAGCAUACUUCAUUGCUAAUAACAAUUUUUAAUUGAAUGCAAACUGACUUUUUAGCUAUUUAUUUCCUGUUACCAAAGUCAAUAUCUUCCAAAGGUCUUUAAUAAAGCAAGUGCUUCUACUGAGAGCACUUCUGCAUUCUGGCCAGCCGCCAUAUAAGCCUGCAAUAACCUGGUGUAUCAGCUGUGAUCCGGCCAUGGAAUCACAGAAUUGUUCAGAUUGUUCAGAUGGGACCUUU